AGGCAGGUCUGCGUGUAUGUGUGUGAGCGAAAGAGCGUGUGUGGAAGCCUAUCCGCCAGGCUGUCGGCUCCUGCACUGAGGCACGGUGUGUGUUGCGCGGCUGACCUCGCAUUGAAUGGACUAGAUUUUCCCAGCCACGUAAGUACACACCACGGCCGGAAAGGAUGUCUUGCUGAAUCAAGGGAAAGGCCUGGGAAAGUCGGCCAUCCCUUAAUUCCAGCAGCUGAAACAGUCGACGACAGUAACUUCGGUUUUUAAAAUUCGUCGCAAAGGACAUCCACUUCCGAACACAACAAAGGGCUACGAAUUCUGGAUGGUUUUCUCUCCAUAUUUGGUCGAUGGCAAUCCCCGAAGCUCGCUGCAUUUGUGGAACGAACAAGGCCCAUCUGACACUGGCCUGGUAGCUAUGAAGCAAUAGCAUUGCUUUUGCUAUCAAUAAUUAAUGUUGAUUUUAUAUAUAGCCUACGGUAGCUUGCAACGUCGGUGCGAUUUUAACCGCGGUUACUUUGUAUGGUCUCAGUCUGCAAGCUAUUAGACGGAUACAUUGUUUCUAUUUUCUGAAACGUGUCAUGUAAUUCAAUUAAUCUGCGGGAUAGUUUUAUGCUAAAUAUUCAAUAUAGCAGUCCAAUCGUCAUUACAAAGCUGACAUUCGGUAGGAUUUGAGUGUUUCGUUUGUAGCAAAUCGGCAUUGCUGUCUCUCGCACUCUGAAAGCGUUCAUGCUCAAAUGCAGCACUCUCUCUUCUGCAAAGGGCUGCCGUGCGUUAUGGGGCAGUGAACAAUGAUCUUGUUUUAGUCCUACAGCUGGGUAGAUAAAGACCACAUAUUGCAAAAAAAUAUCUUCGAAUUGCCUCUUUCUUUGCAUGUAUUGCAUACGAGCCCUCCAGCUGUACAUAUAUAGCUUGACAUAGCCUAGUCUACGUACUACAGUGUAAUAGGUGCCCUUGCAAAGGUAGCACAAAAUAUUAUCUAGAUUUAUAUUUUUUUAAACGGCAGCUACAAAGUAUUGGGCCACAACAACCAAUCUAUUGACUCAAGUUUACAUCCCAAAGAAGUGCUGCUACACAUCCCUGCCUUCGAAGAGAAGAAAAACCCCGAUAGUUUGGAAGUAUUUCAGGGAAUCCUGAUGAACAUACAAAGAUCAAAUCCCAUCAACAUCUCGCGUUAUGGGAGAUCACGGCACAAAGCAACCGAAUUCGAGGAGUUAUCUUGCUUGAGGACAACAGAAUCCAGCCAGAGUUUCAGUCCUAACCUAGGAUCCCCUAGCCCCCCUGAAACACCAGAUUCCUCCCACUGUAUCUCCUGCAUCGGGAACUACCUGCUCCUCGAGCCAUUGGAGGGGGACCACGUUUUCAGAGCCGCCCACCUGCACACCGGUGAAGAGCUUGUAUGUAAGGUGUUUGAGAUAGGCCGUUACCAGGAGUCCCUGGCAGCCUACUUCGCCCUGGGCAGACAUGAGCACAUCAACCAGGUGGUGGAGAUCCUGCUGGGGGAGCAGCGGGCCUACGUCUUCUUCGAGAGGAGCCACGGAGACAUGCACUCCUUCGUCCGCACCUGCAAGAAGCUACGCGAGGACGAGGCCGCCAGACUCUUCCGUCAGAUAGCCUCGGCUGUGGCGCAUUGCCAUGACAACGGCGUGGUCCUCCGGGACCUCAAGCUGAGGAAGUUUGUCUUCCGGAACGAGGACAGGAGCCUUGUGAAGCUGGAGAGCCUAGAAGACACCUACAUCCUGGAGGGCCAUGACGACUCUCUGUCAGACAAACAUGGCUGCCCCGCCUACGUCAGCCCCGAGAUCCUCAACGCCAGCGGCAGCUACUCGGGCAAGGCGGCCGAUGUCUGGUCCCUGGGUGUCAUGCUGUACACCAUCCUGGUGGGCCGCUACCCCUUCCACGAUGUAGAACCCGGCUCCCUGUUCAGUAAGAUCCGCCGGGGCCACUUCAGCAUCCCAGAGACCCUGACGCCCAAGGCCAAGUGUCUGAUCCGGAGUAUCCUCCGCCGGGAGCCUGCAGAGCGUCUCACGUCCCGGGAGAUCCUGGAGCACCCCUGGUUCUUAUCCUCCGGGGCAGCAGGUGGCGCUGUGGUCCAGGGGAGAGGGGAGAGGGAGCAGGAGCAGACUGUGCCCGAGGUGAACAUGGAGGAGGAGCUGGAUCAGUUCUUCAGCUGAGCAGACAGGAAACAGGAAGCACAAAGGGAGGACUACCCCACAACGCGGAACAAAUGCGACACGCUCGGAAAGAGCCUAACGGUAGAUUAGUUGUUUAGCAGGUGAAACAUUGUCACUCACAGAAAAGGUGUUUCCAUCUUUUUUUCUUUCCAUUCCAUGGAAAACCAACCUCGAGGCGGAGCCGGGUGGUGAAUGGCUCACAAACAUCACGGUGGCGGGACUUCUGUUAAGAGGAGUUGCCGCCACUAGACAUGCAAGUCGCAAACAAUGUAGCAAACAUAAUCUUUUUUUUCUUUUCGUAGUGCUUUUAAAAGUAGAUACAUACGACAUGUUGUGACGCUACAGCAAGCACGAAGGGACACAAGACCUCAGCCAAGGAGAACAAGACACAUGUCAGUCAGUCAAACUGCUACUACACUCCUCUGAGUUUUCACACGACCAGGUAUAAAUUGCCCACUAACCACAGAUCUAAGGUCAGAUAACCCAACCCUCAAACCUAAACCAUUAUUAGGAGGAUUAAAACAAUAUCUGACCCUGGACCAGUGAUUAGGGCCAACUUCUACCUAUUCCGUUCGAACAAUCAUCAAGACAGAUGACCUCAAUUUUUGGUUGCUCACUCAUUGUUUGUCUCUCAUUACCUAACAUGACCUUUGAUCCUAGGUUAUAAAGCUCUUACUGACAUAGAAGACGGAUAGUCGCUCAAUUAUUGUACGUACCCGUCUUCAGAAACCUGUGUGCUUCAUCAUCUUUUUCUGUGUAGCCUUAUUCCUCUUCCCCACUUAUUGUGUGCAUUUCUUUAAUAAAACUAUGUUCCACCACCAUUCAUUUAUCAUUAAUUAAUAAGGCUAGGUUUUAAGUCUGAUAUCACCUUGUAUUAAGCUAUCCCAUUCAGUUGUUACUGCUGCUUUGAUAUCUUCUCCUUAACCUUCAUUUGUAACCUCUCUCUCGUUAAGCCUUCACCAGUUGCAUAAUGCACUUGAUUUGUUUAGGCUCAGUGAACGAUCGUUUUCACCUCUCUAGAUGCGCUUUCUCUAUUUAAGUUUAGCUUUUCAUUUGUAGGAACGGAAAACGUUACGUUUUAUUUAAAUUGUAACAUCAACUAUAUAAAUAUAAAUAUAUAUAUAUUUAAAAAAACAUUGCAGGGUUUUUCGUUUCUUUUUCAGAGAUUCCUUUUACAUGUAUGUAUUGUAGGCAAUAUUUUGGACACAGGACAGGUGCGAUGGGAAAAAGGCUGUCCGAAGUUUUUAGAAAAAACAAUUCAACUUUUGUGCCAGUAUUUCUGUGCCCCCACCACCCAUGCCGACUUCAGUCACCCUUAAUAUAUUUUAUUUUGAACUUGAAACCAAUUAUUAAAAGAUACUAUCACAGUAACAUGUUCUGCAGUAGCCCAUGUUGAUUUUCUUCUGCCUGCGUAGGUCCUGUGAAACUGUCCUGUUCUGAAUGGGUAUCAGUGGACAUGUUUUGUCGUAUCUCAAUGUUACUUGAAUUUGUGUUUUUAUUAACUAGUCCUCGGCAUGUGCCCUAUGAAUGCUAUCGCCUGCCUAGCGGGGUGAAACAAAACAAGCUUGUUUUUAUAAAAGUAAAAACACAAGUGAACAUUUUAUCAGAAAUUUGCUAUUUUGAGUCGCUUUUAAAACUGACUAUUGCUUUUACUUUGUUUCGUAGAAUGAGCUGCCCAUAUUUGCGUUUAGUGCGGAUUUGGUGCUAAUGUUCAAGGAGUCUUUUUGUUUUGGAGGGGAGUGGUGCAUGGUGGGAAUUCUGCCUCGGAUGUUCUGAUUGUAAAAUGUAACAGAUUUUUGGUGUUUUGUCCAAAUUUAUUCAGUAAAUAAAUUGUGAACUGCA